UCUAUCGUUGUUCUCGGCCUUAUAUGAUCUUGUGUUCGGCUAUCAUCCAUUGUGAUCCAACGCCUUUCAUCACUUAAUAGAUCAGGAGGCACGAUCCAUCUGUUACAUCGUUGCCCAUUCCAUAUACUCCCGCUGCAGGAGAUAACAUGCUUUGUUGUAUUCCAUAUCCAUACCAUACAUAAUUCCUCAAAUUGACAUUGAUAAUAAUCAAACACCAUCGUCUUCCAUUCCAUGCCUUCACAUAAACGAUCCAUUUCCCUUUUUAUUGUCAAAUAAUGCUGAAUCUUAUCGCUCCGAAGUAGUGGAGCCACAAUCAUCCAAGAUAGAUUGUCUAAAGCACACGAAGUACGUAAUCUAUUCCAUGUCCAUGGCGGUUUGAGAUUCCUUCUAUUCCAUGUCCAUGGCGGUUUGAGAUUCCUUUUUUUGUUACAUGGGGCUCUCAAUUCUUUCAAAGAAUUUUCUGGAGAGAAUAAACCGCCAUGACUUACCAGCCAUGGGAACACACCGACAAAACAGAACCUCCAAAUUUUGUUUGCCAGAAGAUCACACUCAACAAUUAAGGAGAUAAAAAACUCACCAAUUAGGGAGAAGAUGGAUUUGUCACAAAUCUGACCCAAACGCCGUGACUGCCCAAUGAGCCAAUUGAUAAACAGAAACUUGUAUGCCCACUGCGAAACCAUCACGCGACGUUGGCCGGAAUAGAGGAGACAGUGUGACAAUGAUUUCAACGAAAUCAUACUUUAUUGACACACUAAAACACAAACUAGAAAACAGUAAGAAAAACAAGAGUACGUACCGACGCCGGAGCCGGCGCCGGCCGGAGGUUAUAGUGAAGAAGGUGUUGACUUUUAUUUAUCGCUUCAGAAGUCGCACGGUUUGAGAGAGAAAAAACGGUUUUAUUAGUUUUUAUUAUAUUAAUUUUAAGUAAAAAGGAACACUUAAUUAAAAAAACAAAUACAAAUAAACCUGAAUGGAUCAAAUAUGAUAUUACUAGGUGGUAUCCAACUCCAGGAAAAAUGUGUCUAAAUAAGUUCCAUUUUGAUAAAAACAUAAAAUAAAUCUGUUGCAACUUUUUUUUUAAAGAUAGUUUAAAUACAAGAAAAGUUUUCCCGUGCUUAGCACGGGGUGAUAAUACUAGUUUAUAAUAAAUUCAUUGAAAACUACGAAUCCAAUGUUAGAAAUUUGGCAAAAAAAAAAGCAGUGAAAGAUUCAUACGUCAAAAUAUACUAUUGGAAAUUUGGAAUGAUGGAUAUUUUAUUUCAAAUAUCUAUGACUUAUAUAAGUAGAAAAUAAAAAGUAGUUCCUUUUUGUUCAAAAAAAGGGACACUCAAGCCUGGUUUAGUCCGGUUUUAAGUGAUAUGGUUGUGAGGUUGAACCAACAGAAAAAAAAACGAAGGGACCCAUAUCUUAAACCGAACAUAACCGGGCCUUGUAACAAAACAAAUUGCGAUUGGUCUGGCCAGUUCCGAGAUUCCUUUAAAGAGAUAUACGUACGGGAAGACAAAAAAAGGUUAUCCACCUUCCUCUCUUCCUUACCUAUGUCAACCACCAACUAAUAAUACGACAAAGAUCUUUGCUUUUUCUUCUGGUCUCUCAUUAGAACUCGAGAGCAUGCAAUAAAGAGUCUUGUCUGAAUCAUCCGAAGAGUCUCUUAAUCAUCAUCGGAACAAAAGGGACUCUGUUGACUGUGCCAUGGCUACUGAUACAACAGCCUCAAGUUACUGGUUGAAUUGGAGGGUCCUUUGCUGCGCAUUAAUCCUCUUAGCUCCACUACUGUUAGCAGCAAUUCUCAUUUGGAGAUACGAAGGCAAAAGAAGAGAAGGACGAGAACACCCCGGGACAUUGUUUCAAGAAGAAGCUUGGAGCACAUGUUAUAAAAGAGUGCAUCCUCGUUGGUUGCUUGCCUUUAGAGUAUUCUCAUUUGCUGCAAUGCUGACUCUUCUCGUUUCAAAUGUUGUUCGUGAUGGAGCUGGCAUAUUUUACUUCUAUACUCAGUGGACGUUUACUCUUGUCACAGUCUACUUUGGGUAUGCUUCGUUGUUAUCUAUUUACGGAUGCUGCAUCCACAAUAAAGAAGCUGGUGGCCACACAGAGAGUUACACAAGCAUACAUGAUCCAGAACAAGGCACUUAUAGACCACCAAUCACCGGUGAUGAGGCUGGAACUACACCAAAAUCUCCCAUUGAACAUUCAGAAGCACCCGUCCGAGAAGCAGCAGGGUUUUGGGUUUAUGUCUUUCAGAUCCAGUUCCAAACUUGUGCUGGUGCUGUUGUGCUAACAGAUAUCGUGUUUUGGGGGAUUAUCUACCCCUUUACUAAUGGUUACAAACUGAGUUUUCUAGAUGUUUGUAUGCAUUCUCUCAACGCUGUGUUUCUCCUCGGUGACACGUGUCUCAAUUCAUUACGGUUCCCUCUGUUCCGGAUCUCUUACUUUGUACUUUGGAGCUGCAUUUACGUGGCUUACCAGUGGAUAAUCCAUGCCUUCAAGAACUUAUGGUGGCCAUAUCAAUUUCUUAGUCUUUCUUCACCGUACGCACCCUUAUGGUACUUGGGAGUGACAGUGAUGCAUAUACCGUGCUUUGCAGUCUUCGCUUUGGUCAUAAAGAUGAAGAGUUCCUUGCUACGGCGUCACAACUCAUGAUAGUUUUGGGUUCAGUUUGUCAUCCUCUUAUCUGUUCAUGAGAUGAUGAUAACACACAUGAGGAGACCACUGUCAGGGAGUCAUGGACCUCAUGGUCUAAGUCAAACAUGUAAUCAGGAGAAAACAAAUGAUAGAUCUCUCUCUCUUCUAUUCUUUUUGGUUAAGCAAUUGAUAGAUGUCUUGCUUUGAUUUAUUUAUUUUUGGUAAAAAGAUGCCUACUUUAUUGUUA